GAUUCCAUGUAGUUUGCUAGGGAGAUGGACAAGCUUCAAACUGCGAUUAAUAGGAUCUCUGCGUUUGGUCUCGCAGAUGACCUGGAGGCUCGAAAGGUGGUUGCGGAGCUCGAGCUUGUGUCUCAGCAUGCUUCUGCCCAUUCGCUUCAAUUUUCUGAGGAACUCAUGUGCCAGUGUAUUGAUCUACUAGAAGAACUUCCUAGGGUUUCCAUCGCCACGGGAGCAUUAAUCAUGCUUCUAGCUAAUGCAUGCCUCAUUGAUGAGAAUUUAUCCCUUGCCUCUCGGUAUGGGCUUCCUGCCUUGUGUGUUCUAGUGCUUCAAUCGCAAGCAGAGCUGUCAAAUGAAACACUCUUUUAUAUGUUUGACCUCAUGAGUACCCUUUCUUCAAGGGAGGGAUAUGUUAGGCAAUGUCUUCGCCCUGGGAUUCCAUAUGUUUUGGAAGCUAUGAAACAGCGAAUGAAGUCAUUAGAUGUUUUGUUUGGUGGUUGUUUUUUAUUAAGCACUAUGACGAUACUGGAUGAGUCAAAUUGCGAACUGACAGUUCGACGUGGAGGUAUGCAGGUUGUAAUUAAUAUUUAUCGAUAUGCUUUGAAGCGUCUCUCGGAAUUAACUAUGAAUCAAAAGACUAAUACAGGAUUAGAAGAAUCAACGCGCGAAUGCGUCUUGGCUCACCUGAAAAAGGAAAAGCAGGCUGAAUAUGUGCAUUUGUGUAAAGGCAUUCUUCGAUGGUGCAAAAAUAUCCUCCAAAAUUUGUGCCGCGCCGACAGUCCGACUAUUGAUGCAACAUUACCAACAUUGGAUUAUGGACAAUACGGGACGAGUAUCGAAAUGGAUGAUCUGAAGUGGACACUUGUGUUCGAACGCAAAAAAAGGAAAACCUCGAUCGAGCCAUUAGCGUAGGGUUUAUGUAUGCCGGUUUAACAUAUUUAAGCCAGAUGUAGAUGUCCAUUCACGAAUUAGAAUCUGUGGUCUGAAAACGCAUUUUUAAAAAUUAUUGUAUAUAGAUUAGUUGUGUUUAUUUUAAAACUAUCUGCAGUUGGGUGAAUUAAUAUUUUUGGAUAA